GAGUUAAUCGAGUUGCGUGAGAAAGCCGCCAGUCUGGCCGAACAAAAUGCCCGUGGCGCCAAAGCCAGUACUACGAGGGCUCUGGCGUCGUGUCCACUGCCGGCGCGGAGGCUCAGUCGCCUUCAUCUCUGGUCAACCUUCUCUCCACCGACCAAAAAAUCCACCAGCCGAGGGACUCCUCCAUCCUCUCCAUUGUGCAAGGCCAACGCGACAGACUGCGGGAAAGGAACCGUCAACUGGAAGAGGUACACUUUGGUUCCAUUUAUGUUCCAAGUUGAGAUUCUUCGGUGUGUUGCUUGA